GCGUAAACGCCGUACGAAACCUGGGCGACUGUCGCGCAUGCUCAUUGCUAGGGGGGAGUGAGAGAGGAGCAUGAAUGGAGCAAAAUGGCGGAUCAUGUGCAGAGCCUAGCCCAGCUAGAGAUCCUGUGCAAGCAGCUGUAUGAGACCACGGACACCAGCACCCGGCUUCAGGCGGAGAAGGCCCUGGUGGAGUUUACCAACAGCCCAGACUGCCUGAGCAAGUGCCAGCUGCUGCUGGAGAGAGGGAGCUCAUCUUAUUCCCAGCUGCUGGCUGCCACAUGUCUUUCCAAGCUGGUGUCGAGGACGAGCAAUCCUCUUCCCUUGGAACAGCGUGUUGAUAUUCGGAAUUAUGUACUCAACUACCUGGCGACCAGGCCGAAGCUGGCGGCCUUCGUCACCCAAGCCCUGAUCCAGCUCUAUGCCAGGAUCACCAAACUGGGCUGGUUCGAUUGUCAGAAGGAUGACUACGCCUUCAGGAACGCCAUCGCUGAUGUCACACGCUUCCUGCAGGACAGCGUAGAGCACUGCAUCAUAGGAGUCACCAUUCUCUCCCAGCUAACCAAUGAGAUUAACCAGGCAGACGCGACGCAUCCGCUAACCAAGCACAGGAAGAUCGCCUCCUCUUUUCGGGACUCGUCUCUCUUUGACAUCUUUACGCUGUCAUGCAACCUUCUCAAACAGGCCUCGGGGAAGAACCUUAACCUGAAUGAUGAGGGCCAGCAUGGGCUGCUCAUGCAGCUACUGAAGCUGGCCCACAACUGCCUGAACUUUGACUUCAUCGGCACCUCCACCGACGAGUCCUCGGACGACCUGUGCACGGUGCAGAUUCCCACCAGCUGGAGAUCCGCCUUCCUGGAUUCCUCCACCCUGCAGCUGUUCUUCGAUCUGUACCAUUCCAUCCCUCCAUCCCUUUCUCCUUUGGUCCUGUCCUGCUUGGUACAGAUAGCAUCUGUAAGGAGGUCACUAUUCAACAAUGCAGAACGGGCCAAGUUCCUGUCCCACCUGGUGGAUGGAGUAAAGAGGAUUCUGGAGAACCCACAGAGUUUGUCAGAUCCCAACAACUAUCAUGAAUUCUGUCGACUGUUAGCCAGACUGAAGAGCAACUACCAGCUGGGUGAGCUGGUUAAAGUGGAGAACUACCCAGAAGUCAUAAGACUAAUAGCUAAUUUCACCGUAACCAGCCUCCAGCACUGGGAAUUCGCCCCCAACAGCGUGCACUACCUGCUGAGCUUAUGGCAGCGGCUGGCCGCCUCUGUGCCCUACGUAAAAGCCACAGAACCACACCUGCUGGAGACCUACACGCCCGAGGUCACCAAGGCCUACAUCACCUCACGCCUGGAGUCUGUACACAUCAUCCUCAGGGAUGGCCUGGAGGAUCCUCUGGACGACACAGGAUUGGUCCAGCAGCAGCUGGACCAGCUGUCCACCAUUGGUCGCUGUGAGUACGAGAAGACGUGCGCUCUGCUGGUUCAGCUAUUUGACCAGUCCGCCCAGUCCUACCAGGAGCUGCUGCAGUCCACCAACUCGAGUGCCAUGGACAUUGCCGUGCAGGAAGGUCGUUUGACGUGGCUAGUCUACAUCAUUGGUGCUGUUAUUGGAGGAAGGGUCUCUUUCGCCAGCACUGAUGAGCAAGACGCCAUGGAUGGCGAAUUAGUUUGCAGGGUGCUACAGCUGAUGAACCUGACCGACUCCCGCUUGGCGCAGGCUGGCAAUGAGAAGCUGGAGUUGGCUAUGCUCAGCUUUUUCGAGCAGUUUCGCAAGAUCUACAUCGGCGACCAGGUGCAGAAAUCUUCCAAGCUUUACCGGCGCCUGUCGGAGGUCCUGGGCCUGAACGAUGAGACCAUGGUGCUGAGCGUCUUCAUCGGGAAGAUAAUCACCAACCUGAAGUACUGGGGGCAGUGUGAACCCAUCACUUCCAAGACACUGCAGCUCCUCAAUGACCUCUCCAUUGGCUACAGCAGCGUGAGGAAGCUAGUGAAACUCAGUGCUGUUCAGUUCAUGCUGAACAACCACACGAGCGAGCACUUUUCCUUCCUGGGCGUGAACAAUCAGUCAAACCUGAGUGACAUGCGAUGCCGGACCACCUUCUACACAGCACUCGGCCGGCUGCUCAUGGUGGACCUUGGUGAAGAUGAGGACCAGUUUGAGCAGUUCAUGUUGCCCCUUACGGCCGCGUUUGAGGCGGUGGCACAGAUGUUCAGCACAAACACCUUCAAUGAACAGGAGGCUAAGAGGACGUUGGUGGGUCUGGUGAGAGACCUGCGGGGCAUCGCUUUUGCGUUCAACGCGAAGACCAGCUUCAUGAUGCUCUUUGACUGGAUCUACCCCACCUACAUGCCUAUCCUGCAGAGGGCAGUCGAGCUGUGGUACCACGUCCCUGCAUGCACCACGCCUGUGCUCAAACUGAUGGCAGAACUGGUGCACAAUAGGUCACAGAGGCUGCAGUUCGACGUGUCAUCACCCAAUGGGAUUCUGCUCUUCCGGGAAACCAGCAAGAUGAUCACCACAUACGGAAACCGUAUCCUUACACUAGGGGAGGUGCCGAAGGAUCAGGUAUACGCUCUCAAGCUGAAAGGGAUCUCCAUCUGCUUCUCCAUGCUCAAGGCAGUGCUGAGCGGCAACUACGUCAAUUUCGGCGUCUUUCGGCUAUACGGGGACGAUGCGCUCGACAACGCCCUACAGACUUUCAUCAAGCUGCUGCUCUCUAUACCACACAGUGACCUGCUGGACUACCCAAAGCUCAGUCAGUCCUAUUACUCUUUACUGGAGGUUCUGACGCAGGAUCACAUGAACUUCAUCGCCAGUCUUGAGCCCCAUGUCAUCAUGUACAUCCUGUCCUCCAUCUCAGAAGGACUGACAGCCCUUGACACCAUGGUGUGCACCGGGUGCUGCUCCAGCCUGGACCAUAUAGUCACAUACCUGUUCAAGCAGCUGUCCCGGAGCACCAAGAAAAGGCCGGCCCCCAUGACCCAAGAGAGCGACCGCUUCCUGCACAUCAUGCAGCAGCAUCCCGAGAUGAUCCAGCAGAUGCUGUCAACCGUACUAAACAUAAUAAUUUUUGAAGACUGUCGGAAUCAGUGGUCGAUGUCCAGACCUUUGCUUGGCUUGAUCUUGCUAAACGAGAAGUACUUUGCUGACCUUCGGAACAGCAUUGUGAACAGCCAGCCCCCUGAAAAGCAGCAGGCCAUGCAUCUGUGCUUCGAAAACUUGAUGGAAGGCAUCGAGCGCAACCUGCUGACCAAAAACAGGGACCGGUUUACGCAGAACCUCUCUGUGUUUAGAAGAGAAGUCAACGACUCUAUGAAGAAUUCCACGUACGGGGUGAACAGCAACGACAUGAUGAGCUGACAUUCCACAGAGCACUGGGCCCUGCCCUCACGGCCCCGCCCCCGCCUCCGUGGGCUGCACCGCCUCGGAAAAGCCACCCCCCACGCAGCCGUCUCCUGGCCCACCCCCUCGGCCUGGAUGCCAGGGGAACACAUCACACAGACCUGCAUCUCCUGCUCCUUCGACCUUAAGUCCAUCCCCUGUUCCCCUAAACUCAACCCCCUCCACCCCCCUCCCCCCCGCAGCCCAACCCUUCCUUUUUAUAUAUAUAUAUAUAAAUAUAUAUAUACUUAUAUAUUUUAAAGCCAGUUUCUAGAGGUCACUGUUCUGACCGUACUGACAAUUGGGGCUCAAAGUCCAAAGAGAGAGGGGAAGAGUUUGGGGGGGUGGGGCUUGUGUGACAAUUCUUAGGGACUUUCCUGAGUGGGAAGCGUCCUCAUGUAUGAGUGAGACAGUGUGAGAGAGAAGGACAGACAGGAAAGGAGGUGCUGGUAUCUGUAGAACACUGCUUCUGCCUGCCUUGUACAAAACAAAAAAAAAUAAAUCACAAGGAAAAAAAGUGUACAUUUUUUCAUAACAUUUUGAACAAUGUUUAUAUUAAUUCAAUUUAAAAAAAAGGAAAAAAAGUGUGAUUGAAAUUUUUACAGUACAGUAAGUUAGUGCAACAGUGCGGGUUUGUUUGUAUGAAGAAUAUUAUAUCUGGGAGGUGAGAUGUGUCCGAUUUCCGAAUGCAUGGAGCUGAGGUGCGGGGUGG